AGUUACCAAUGUCAGGAACAGAUAGAACUGCACAACCAAGCAACGCAGUGUACCCAAAGGAGAAAUGGGUCCCACUGUACGACAACAACUUCCAACUGGACCUAAAGCUGUUCAAAUGCCAGGAUCCAGUGAUAUUAUCAAUCCUACAGAAGCAUUACCUCUGGUCUGCAUUUAAUGAAGCCAAACCAGUGCCAGAGGUGUAUCUACAACAGUUCUGGGGCCUGAUGCACACAGCCUCAGAGAAGGACAGGUCGAAGAUAAUGACCAAACUGAAUGACGUGCAGGUGGUGCUAACACCAUCAACAAUCAGGGAGACACUGAAGCUCCCAGUGCUCAAACACUACGCACCACUCCCCUCAAACGAAGAGCUGAUCAAGGGGAUGAAAGAUCUUGGAUACGACAGCCCACUGCCCCUGCUGUCAAACUUUACAAUCUCCAACCUGCCUCACCCGUGGAAGAGUCUGUUCGGCCUGGUCAAUAAGUGUCUCUCUCCUAAGCACGCCGGACAUGACAAGUGCAACAAGCAAAUACUUCAAAUCUUCCACGGGAUCGCCUUUGACAAGCAGUACGAUAUGGCUCAGCUUUUCUGGACGGAGCUAAUGGAUCAAGUGAAGAUGAAGGAGAAUCAUAAGGGCAACACAAUCCCUUACGCUCGGUGGCUGGCGCUGAUCAUCCACAACAUUAUGGAGGCCACCCCGACAAUGCCAAAGCGUAAGGAGGACAAGCAUUUCACUGCGCCCAAGCUCAAGUACUUUCAGAGAGACAGCAAUAAAGCUGAAGCACUGCCUAUUCCGGACUCCCUGCUUAACCUAGCAAAUCCAAGGGAUAAGGCAGUCAUUGACUACAAAGAGUCGUUGAAGAGAACGGUUCCUAUGGUUCAGCAAAACCCAGCUGGACCUUCCCCGGGAACCAAGCCGAGAGCGAGUGAGGGUAAGAAGAAGAGAGCCCCGCCACAGAAACCAGUGGCAACCCGGCCUAAUGAUGAUCAGUCUGCUAACUCUUCCGAGAGGACCCAGACUGCUGAGGGCCACCCUAAUGCUGAGGACACUGCCGAUGAACCAUCAAGCCAGGCCCCUUCUAAUAAGGCUGGUGGUGAGGCCUCCGAUAACAUGGCCAAGGGAAAGGAGAAUAAUGAUGAUGAUGAUGAUGCAGAUGAUGAUGAUGACAUGGAGGGAGUUCUGAUCAGCAACAGGAAAAGAGCCGGAAAGAGAGCCAUUCCGAUAGACUCCGACUCCUCAUCGGACAAUGAAGAGGCUGCUCACAUGUCCCGACCACUUAAGGGCAUUGUCAUCAGUGAGCAGCGCUCCAAACACAACAGCGACAAAUCUGCAUCAUCACAGCCUAAGAAGAGGCUAAGAAAGAAGAGUGCAGUGGAGGAGGAGCUGGCACUAUACGAUGACUGCGAUACCUUUGUCACCAUAGACCGAACCACGCCUCUAGGAGCAGGAGCUGACCCUGUCAGUUCCCGGGUAGAAGUCGCAGCAUCUGGUUCAACUGCGCAUGCACAGCCAUCUCCCAUCCACUCUCCAGUCUCCCAACAGACUGGAGUUUCAAUAUCUCAAGGGGAACUUACACCGACCUCACUGAUUCCUUCCGAAUCUGCUGAGAGACUUAGUGGUCAACAGCCCCGGACCACUACCCCCAUCCGUUCUAUCACUUCGAGUCUAGGUGUCAUCAUUCCUACAUUUUUGAAUUUUUCUAGGACACCUACACUAUUCACUGCACAUACAGGUGCACUCACCCUGAAUGCAACGACCGGAGUGCAAACUAUGAUGGUCGGAAGCCCUGCUACGCCAACAAUGCCUCGAUCAUUGAACGCAGGCCACACAUCAGCUGUCUUCACUGAUGCUGUGACAACAGUUACAACCCCUGUAACUGGUACCAUUAUCCCCGAAGACAUUCUCGUAUAUCUGAACAGCUUUCUAGAGUCUACCAUUAAGCCAUGGGUGCAUGAAGCAAUAACCGCUAAUGCACAAGACUCUGGAAGUACCCCAGUUGUUCAGAAUAUACCAUCCAAACCCCAGACAACACAGCCCCCAACCAUUUCCAUACCUGUUUCCAAACCCUUAGCCAUAGAAAACCAACAACCAUCCACAUCAAGGGGAACCCAGGAUACAGAACUAGUAUUCUCCCCUACAACGACCAAACCCAACCUAACAACUCUACCCUUCGAGGAUCUUGUAGCUGAGAUCUACGACCGUAUACUAGACGUGGAAGAAGGCAACCUCACCCCUCUUCAAAAAGCCCUUCUCCGUGCUCUAGAUACACAGAACACUUGCCGUGACAGUCUCCGUGGCGCUAAACGUUCACAUGAGGAUCCUGAUGAUUCGGAUUCUCAUGAGGGGGAGAACAAGCGCCAGCGGGUACUUGAGCAUGUUGCUUCUACUAGCCAACCCUCAAAGCCAAACCAACCCUCCACCUCCACCAAUGAGCAACCCACUACUUCAGCUAGCCAUAAAUCCCUAGCCACUCUCUCUAGCAUGGUCGAGCUAGACAUAACAUCCCGAGGUGCAUCUCCUAUAGAUGUUAACCAAUGACGGAAUGGAAGUCCUGAUGAUGCUACCACGAGUACAUCUUCUUACUCAGGCCAUCAGCUAGAACCUAGUUCGAAACUGAUGUCAACGGGCAAUCCUGAGGAUCCCGGUGUUUCACACGAUGAGUCACCUUCGACACAGCAGCAAGCUCCCUCUGAACCCUCUGACAAUCCAAUACAAGAUGAGCUUGAAAAUCUUCUAGUUCAUGAUCAAUGGCCUCCUAAAUGGACAGAGUGGGAUGACCUUAGAGUGGAAGCCGAUCAGUACGAAAUGUGUCGAAGCUGGCAUCUCAGAGAGUUCCUCAAUAAAUACCAUGCAAUGAUGAUUGGACUCGAUAAAGACGAACGCAAGGAAGGGGAGAAUCAAAAAGAAAACCUCAAGGAACCAGAACCAGCUAAAGAAAAAUGGGAAAUCAUAAGGAUCAAAGCCCCCUUUCUUGAAGAAAUUCGAGAGAAGAUUUGGAGACAACCAGAAAAAGUCAAGCAGUUCAGUGAAUUAAAAAUGCGAGGAAUCAAUCACUUGAAAGGAAAAUAUAGAGGAGGAAAUCUGUAUAUGCUAGGACAUAGAUCCACAGGGCAACGUCGACAAGUUCUAAAUCACAACCUUGCAACAAGUGGAUGUCCCAUAUUGAAAAUCUUGGAGAUUACAGAAGAUCACCUGGAGACAAUUAAGUUCAUGAUUUUUCGUCUACAACGUACUGAUGGCUCGGAGUUCACCUGUCAAGAGAAUGACUUCUUUCUACUGCACAUGGAUGACAUUUAUCAAAUGUUCAUGAGGUGCAGGGAGCUUCCAGUUCACAAAGACAGACUCGCUAAAGAAGGCUUCGAGGCGAUAAAAAGAUUCAUGACAAGACAAGUUCGGUUCUACGCUUCUCAUGACCUCCAGAUGACCAUAGAGCACAACUAUUCAAAGGUGAAUCUUACUAGACCGGACUUGAGUAGACCUGGCCUUGAAUCCUUUGAAGCAUAUCAUAUUUUUGACAAUCCAGUAUCAGUCAUCUAUCUGAAUCAUAACAACGAAAAACGUCUAAUGUUCGUGGAUGAAAUUAACAAGUAUUGUGACGGAACGUUGAAGAUCAUCCAGGAGCAGCUCCGAUCAAAGAAACAAGAACUUGGACAGAAAUCGACUGAAGCCACUGAAGGAGACCAGAAGGAACUGCACAGAAUUAACAAUAUUCUACAAGCCAUUGAAAAGCAACUUGAUAGAAGAAACUCACUCAGAAACUAUGAGCACGCACUUAAUCUCAGAAAGAACUAUUACAAAGCUCAGAAGUGAAGAAACCCAGCAAGACGGCACUUGACCACAAAGGGGGAGAUUGUUAGAACUUUUAUUGUGGGUCAAGUUUGUCUGUAAUGUCUUGUUUAAAUAAAGUAGACUAGUUAUACCAUUUAUGGUAUUAGAUUAGUAUUUAUUAUGUAGCAAAUAAGGUAAAGGGAAUAAGGCCCAAAAAGGCCUUGGCCCAACUUCCAAGGUUUACCUAAAUCGGUAACGUGUACAACGCCUAUAAAUACGCGCCUUGUGUACAGGUACCAAAUAUCGAUCAAUACACAUUAGCCUUACGCUGCCAAAUUUACUUCUCGAUACUACAGAAAGAAGGUUUCACUGUUCUCGAUAAAGCUUAUAUCAUUAUAUGAAAUCUUUCUCUUCUGUCUAUCGAUGAUGCUCAUCUAGCUGAUCGUUAGUCUGCUGAACUGGGACCAACAAUGAGUCCUAUGAGAGCGUCUGCGAGCGUCGGCUCCUCAUAAUCGCAUCUCGGACGACCUCUGGUGAAGGAAUCCGGGUUGCUCAAGCCGGGGUGCGUGCCUCCGAGGUGAACAUCUUGAGGGUUCCCGUGACCCUGACUUGGCUCUCUAUGCGGGUUUUAUUCCCCUGGCGCUAGUUUGGGUCAUCCGCAAGUCUGAGAGUAUAUGGGCCGUGGUCCCAGACCCAUAUACUCCACCAAUGACGUUUUCUACUAAUUAUUAUGAUCAAACAGCUAAAUUAUCAAACAACUUCUGACAACCCGCCAUUCCGCCAACUUAUUCAAAUGUCUGAAUUCACUAUUGACAACUCGCUAACAUAUGCAGUCCGCUAUCCACUAAUCACUAACUGUUAAAUGCCAAAUACACCUCAUAUCUUGUUAACUUUUCACGGCUAUAGUUAUGUUUUCUCGUUUAUACGUUUUAUUUGAAUGAUAUUUUAGAAAGAAACUUAUUUUUAUAAGAGGACGUACCUCACCAUUGGAUCGACUUCUAAUAAGUUAAAG